GAAAAACGGAAAAAGGCACUCUUAAAAGUCGGCGAAAAGCAAAGAAAAAGAACCCACAAGUCGCUCAAAAAAUUGCAACACCAAAAGCGCGCGUGCGCAACACGAUAAGUUGGAAGAUAGGCGAAAAAUCUCUCGAUUUAUACGAACAAAAGCCACGUCAAAAUGGCGGCCGUUGAAGUAAGGAAUGGCUAUAAGUACUAUGGCUCCAAAUCGAAUCCCAAAAUUGUGCUCAACCAGCUGAACAUGAACGUGAUGCGGGGAUCCAUAUACGGAUUGCUGGGAGCCUCGGGCUGUGGAAAGACCACCCUGCUCUCCUGCAUUGUCGGCCAGAGGCGUCUCAACGGGGGAGAGGUCUCCGUGCUGGGCGUUAAGCCAGGUGAGCCGGGAAGCGGUGUUCCGGGAUCUCGGGUGGGAUUCAUGCCCCAGGAGAUCGCCCUGGUCGAGGAGAUGACCGUCAAGGAGACGAUCUUCUACUUUGGUCGCAUCUACGGCCUGACAGACGAGCGCAUCCGGGAGAAGUUCAAGCUGCUCAAGGAGCUGCUCCAGCUGCCACCGGCUAGGCAGAUGAUCAAGCAGUGCAGCGGGGGACAGCAGCGACGACUGUCCUUCGCCUGCGCCAUGAUUCACGAUCCCGAGCUCCUCAUCCUGGACGAACCCACGGUGGGAUUGGAUCCCAUGCUGCGUGAAAAAAUCUGGGAUUUUCUCGUAGAGACGACUAGAAAUAGCAAAUUGGCUGUGAUCAUUACCACCCAUUAUAUAGAGGAAGCCAAACAGGCAAAUUGCAUUGGUCUUAUGCGAAAUGGCGUGUUGUUGGCCGAAGAUACACCCACCAACAUAAUGAUCAAGUUUGGAACCCAGUCGAUCGAGGACGCGUUUCUCAUUUUGAGUCAGCGGCAGGGCAACGAAGACGAGCUGGCCCAAAUCAUGGACCACAACAAGAACCAGGCCUUGCCGACUGCUAUCCUACCUCCUGAGGUCAUAGAUACCCACGAGCCGAACACGCCGGAAAAGCAACCCAUUCCCUUGGAGGAACCUCCUAACGAGAACCGCAAAAAGGUUUUCUUCACCACCAAGGGCAGGGUCAAGGCCCUGAUGACGAAGAACUUCGUGCAGCUUUUCCGACAGCCUUCAGGGAUUAUUUUCAUGCUGCUGUUCCCCAUCAUACAACUGACCUGCUUCUACCUGGCCAUUGGAAAGACGCCCACGAAUCUGGAGAUAGGAGUUUACUCCGGCGAAGUGGAGAGCUACGGGGAGUGCUUUAACGACAGUCUGGUCACAGUGUACAAGGACGACGAAAACGACAGCUGUCUAUUCAACAAGCUAUCCUGCAGAUACAUCCGCGAGUUGGGCGACGACGUGGCCACGCGGAAGUACUAUUCCAGCGAAGCAGACGCCCUGAGCGAUGCAAAGCGGGCCACAACCGUUGGCUACUUGCACUUCGCCCAGAACUUUAGCGAAUCGAUUCUCUCGGUGCUGGAGGACGGGAUCCAUACAAGUGACGGAGCCGUCGACCAUGCCGAGCUCAGUAUCCACAUCGAUAUGACUGAUCAACAAGUGGCGUACUUCAUGCAGCGAAAGCUCCGUGACAAGUUCAGCACAUUCAUGCGCAGUGUUGUGAAGGACUGCAAUGUUUCCGCGGCCAUUGUCGACCUGCCCGUCCAGUUCCAGGAGCCGAUCUUCGGCAGCGCAGACAUCGAGUUCCAGCAGUAUUGUGCCCCGGGAGUGGUCAUGACCAUGGUGUUUUUCCUGGCCACUUUGAUGACGGCCGCAGUGUUCAUCUCGGAGCGUAUGGAUGGCAUCUGGGACCGAACCCUGUUGGCAGGUGUCUCGGCCACCGAAAUGCUGUGGGCCCAUCUUCUGACCCAGCUCAUCAUCAUGGCUCUGCAGUCGUUCGAGGUUAUCAUGUACAUUGGCCUGGUCUUCGAUACCUACAACAACGGGGAUACCACAACGCUGAUUGGAUUGCUAACGCUCACCGCCUUCUGUGGCAUGUUGUUUGGUCUCUUCAUAUCUGUAUUCUGCAAAUCGCAUACCGAGGCAAACUUUGUGGCCACUGGCGCUUUUUACCCAAUGAUCAUACUUUGCGGACUUCUGUGGCCCCUGGAGAGCAUGCCGCAGUUUCUGCAGGAUCUGGUCAUGGUGCUACCCUUCACCAUUCCCUCCAUCUCGGCUCGAAACGUCAUCGAGAAGGGCUGGAGCAUCACCCACGAGAAGGUCUACAACGGUUUCUUGGUCAUGGCCGGCUGGACGAUCAUCUUCUUCGUUCUCUGCCUGAUCGGUAUCAAACGCAAGGCGUAAUGUCGGUUCUUGGGCUAUUCUUUAAUUUCGGGGGCCUUUUAUUUAGUUGUAACGUAUUAGCAUUUUUUGAUAGGUGAUCUUUUGUGCAUAUCGUUCUAAUUUAAUACUUAUCGGAAGCAUAUCACUCGCAUGUUGUAGACUCUCAUCACACAAGGAAAAAUCACAUUCAUACCAACGAGUCGUAACACAUUUUUAGGAAGUCGUCACUAAGCGUGGCAGAUUGUACUAAAAUCAGCAUAAGGUCUUAAGGGUGUCUCACAAAAAUAUUUAUAAUACACAGGAAAACAUAUUCGUACUCAUUGACAACACUAAAUUUCGUCUUCAAAUUAUUGAUAAACUCAGUAAAAACUAGUACAGAGCAAAGUUUUUAUUCACAUGUAGGAUGUGUAUAUUUUUUAAUUUAAUGAAAUGUGAAAUUAUGUAAAUCGAAAUUUCAAAUCAACCAAAAAUAAAAAUCUAAAUUAAA